ACGAAAGUAUGUGUAUAUAAAUAGCCCAAGAGGAAUUUUUAGGGAAGGAGUCAGUUCAUUCGAUAGAGGCCAUUCUUCUCGUAUGGUCGGAUAUGGAGUUUCCACUUUUCUUUUCUAAUUAGGACUAAUUAUGGAAGGGCGGUAUGUAUAAAAUUUCGUGUAAUUUUUUUCUUGGAUAUUAAUUGGCAUAUGUCGGUAGUUGUAUCGAUAUAUACAUUGCUAUCUCAAGAUUUCGAUAUCAAAGAAUUUUUACAUGUUUCCACACUACGCUUCUGUAAAUCCCCUUUUUGUAAUAAAAAUUCACAGCCCAACUAAAGUAUGUCUAUUUCCAUUGCCUUCUUACAUGUAGCCGCUAAUUUUCAUGAUUUUUUUUGUGUGUGUGUUUUUUUGUUUUUUUUUAUGAAUGUGAUAUCUGUUAUAUUAACGGAUGAAUCUGUAGCUCUCUUUGUCUAUUCCCUUUUUUCACCCAGUUUAGCAGAUUAUGAGUUAUGUAAUGGUUAUAUUUUAAGCACUAGUAUUUCUAUCAUCUUGAAUUUGAAAUAGAAUGUUCUUGUUGAAGAAUUACGAACCAAAUUUAUUUCAUCUACAUUUUAAGUCAUUAAAGAUACCAUUUUAACUUAGAUCAAUAAAUUUACACCCUGACAGUGAUUGAUUUAUUGGACAAAUCUCCGUCUGUGAGGCGUUACAACCUAUAUGUACAUACAUCAUGAUCAUUUAAUAAGGCUUCAUAAAACGGUUAUACGCCGACAUGAAGCGAUGCAUUUCGUACGCUGAUGUAUUUUCAAAAAAUUAGCUUAUAUUCAUAUUCUACUUUCAUUACUAUCAGAAUACCUAGUCGUUAAAAUAAUCAUACUAUAUUUAUCUGCAUGUAUUCACACGCGCAUUGUUCACAAUUAAACGCGUUCAUAGGAAAAAGGCUAGCAGUACAAUUUGUAGAGAUAUCAAAGAUAACAAUGGAAAUGUAAAUACAUGCAUAUUAAAGUAUAAUGCUAAAUAAUUUAGUUCAUGAUGAGACAUUAAGAAUACGUGUGAUUAUAUAGAUUGGACUCGGAUUUGUAGGUCUAUAAUACCUAUACCACAAUCAUGUCUGGUUUUGACCAAGACUCGAAUUCAUGAACUACCGCACACAAACGAGGAUUCACCAUAUUUAAAGUCACAUUAACAAGAACUGAUAGAUAUAAAAAGGUUAAAAAAAUAUUCACAGAACUAUUUUAUAUACACAUGCUUAUAAAAGAGAAACCAACUGUAAAACCAUUUCCUGCAUUGUAUUUUUGCUUUGUGAUUUUAAACAGACGAGGAGGUGGAGCUAGAGCGGGACGGCCAGGGGGCGGAGGCGGUGCACGUAAAAUUGAGGGGCGACCAGAGGGGUCAUGGAAGUUAAGAUGUGGUUACCGUCGACUACAAGAACUGAAGAUGAAGUCUCCCAACGAAGUUUUGAUGACACUCAGUGCACCAGGAACUCGUUUGAAAGAGGCUCUUGCAGAUGAUGGUCACGAUACCAACAUGAUAGCACUGAUGCUUAGGUGCAUUGCUAAAGCUUUGGAAUGUGAGUCUCAGCGCCAAGGAACUAUAGCACUAAUAUCCACAAUCGAGGGUUCACAUUUUUUGAAGUAUAAGCUGAUGGAGUUCAUGUUUGGCCUAACUGCAGAUGAAUUUGAACUGCUGGAGCACCAGGAUGCGAUUAAAGAUGUCAUAACCUUGUUUAUUGCGUUUGCUCAAAAUAUGCCACACAGUAUUUCAACCAUCCUCGGAGUAUUUACUACCAUUGAAGCUGUGGUUUCAAAGUUAAAAAUCACGGGACAGUUAAGUAGCAGUCUAGAAGAAGCAUUUGAAAUGUGUAAAGAACACAAAACGGAGGUUAUGAAACCAAAACCUAAAAAGCAAAACAGAGAGAAAAGAUUAGAGAAUGAAGAUGAACAAGAACCAGAGAACAGUUUUAGAGAGAUGAAUGUGUGCCCGCAGACUGUCGACGUGACAGCAGGUAUGGAACACAAUCCGUUUUUGCGACGUAAUAAAGCCAGAGGAGGAUACAGAGACCUUGAGCACUACUUAGAUAUUCAGUUCCGUCUUCUGAGAGAAGAUUUUAUUUGUCCCUUGCGUGAAGGUAUUCAGCAAUACAUCGAGGCACUGCACAAUACAGGACAAGUCAGACGUUUACAGGAUCUUAGGAUAUACAAGGACGUACAAAUUCUAUCCCCUAUCUGUGAUCGCUCUGGCCUGUCAUACAGGGUCUGCUUUGAUGUAGAAAAACUCAAACGUGUGCGUUGGGAAUCCAGCAAACGUCUCAUAUUUGGUUCUCUCGUUUGCUUAUCCAGAGACGGAUUUCGUACAAUGCUAUUUGCCAGUGUAUCUAACCGAGACAUAAAACUGAUAGGGAAGGGAAUUAUUGAUUUGAAAUUCGAAAACACUCAUGAGGAAAUGGCAGCACUUCCUAGAGAUGCCAGAUUUGUCAUGGCGGAGACCACGGCUUACUUUGAAGCCUAUAAACAUGUCCUACGUGGUCUGCAGAACAUGAAUCAAAUCCCGUUUGAAAAAUACAUUUUGAGAUGUGAAACAGACGAAGUGAAACCACCAUUGUAUUUGCAAGGAAGAAGGAAUACAACUUAUGACCUUCGUCCUCUAGUUGAUAACGAUAUUGUUCUACAAGGGGAGAAAAAGUUAAGAAAUCUAGGAGUUCCUGUCUUGCGGGAAACCACCUACAAUUUUAGUCCCUUGUCUGCCAGGUGUAGGAGUGUGAAGAUCAUGGAUUUUGAUGAAUGGCCACCAGCAGAUCAUCUUUCGCUGGACGACUCGCAGUAUAAAGCAGUGCAGAAGGCUUUAACAAAUGAAUUUGUUAUCACCCAAGGACCUCCUGGCACUGGGAAGACAUACAUUGGUCUUAAAAUUGUAAAAGCUUUGCUGCACAAUUACAACAUAUGGAACACCAAUGUGGAAGGUAUUGUUGACCAUAGACCAAUGCUAAUUGUUUGCUAUACCAAUCAUGCUCUGGACCAGUUUCUAGAGGGAAUAUUAAGUUUCUAUCAAGGUGACAUUUUGCGAGUAGGAGGACGGAGCACAAGUGAACAGCUGAAGAAGUAUAACAUCAAUACUUGCCGAAUGAAUAUGAGGAAAGCAAGGGCAAUCCACGGUGACAUCACCAGAGAAGCUCGCAGAAUUGGCUGGGAGUUAAAUCAAAUCAGGGAAGGUAUCAACAAUAUUGCAAUGAAAAUAGAAAUUGCUGAAAGAGAGGUCAUACACGAGGAUUAUAUACAAACGUUUAUGGGGCCAUUUUACAAUGACCUUGUACAAGGACUUGAGCAAUAUGUUCGUCUUCAUGAUCAAACUAUUUCUCUCAAACGAAUAAAGAAUUCGUCAGCUAUUGUGGAAUGGCUCGGCUAUGGAACACUUUUACAGAUAGAACAUGGGAAUUUUGAAGUUCCACAAGAACAAAUGAGACAAGAAGUGGAUGAAGACGGAGAUCUUGUCGAUGAACUGCAAGAACAAGAGGAACAUGUUGAUGUAUUUGACGAUGUGGACCAAAUGGUGGAAAUGAGACAACUGGACAAUGAAGAUGAUAAUGAAAUUGAUUUAGAUGAUUUAGAAUAUUUUUCUGAUCUUGGAAUUCCAGAUAUAGAAAGGAAAUUGGCGAACAUCCAUAUUAGGACAAAAGCAACGGCACUUAAUGUUUCAGAAAUGGAAGUAAAUGGAGACAACGAGGGAUGGCAAAUGGAUAGACAACAAAAGAAAAGAAUGAAAAGCAAAUUGCGAAAAGAACUUAGAUCUACAAAUCGCAUGUCAGAACGAGAGUUUCAGAACCUUAAGAGAAUGGGUCAUGAUGUUUGGAGUUUGACUCAAAAGGAAAAAUGGCGUCUUUAUCGAUAUUGGACACACAAGUUCUGUUGCACUUACAGAGAACAGAUCAGAGGAAAAGAAGCAGAGUAUGAAAGAAAUGCAACCCGUCUAAAAGAAAUCCAGUUGCAGGAAGAUCAGCAGAUUAUGCGCUUGGCAACAGUGGUUGGGAUGACAACUACAGGGGCAGCACGAUACCAGUCAGUUCUCCAAGAAAUUGGUCCAAGAGUCAUAGUCGUGGAGGAAGCAGCAGAGGUACUAGAGGCACACAUCAUAACAACACUGAGUCAAGGUUGCCAACAUCUGAUUCUCAUUGGUGAUCAUAAGCAGCUCAAACCAAAUCCAACAGUUUACAAACUCGCAAAAGAUUACAACUUAGAUGUGUCUUUAUUCGAAAGAAUGGUGAAGAAUGGAAUGCAGUGCGAUUGCUUAAAUCUUCAACAUAGGAUGCGACCAACAAUUUCAAACAUGAUGAAAAUUAUUUACCCGGAGCUUAAAGACCACGAGGUUGUUAAACGUUACCCGGACGUCAAAGGAAUUUCUGAGAACAUGUAUUUUAUACAUCAUGAUUAUCCCGAAAGUAACGACGAGGAACAGAAAAGUCACUCCAACAUGUACGAAGCCGAGUACAUCGUAGCCCUUUGUCGAUACCUUAAACUACAGGGGUACGAACCGGAGCAAAUCACGAUUUUGACUUUAUACUCUGGUCAGCUUUUCCAACUGAGAAAAUUGAUGCCAAAAAAGGAAUUUUACGGCAUACGAAUCACAGUGGUAGACAAUUUCCAAGGAGAGGAAAAUGAUAUCAUCCUGUUGUCUCUAGUACGCAGUAAUGACGAAGGCAAGAUAGGAUUUUUGAAAAUAGAGAAUAGGGUGUGUGUUGCUCUUUCGCGCGCAAAAAUGGGAUUUUAUGUGAUUGGAAAUUUAAACCUCAUGGCUGGAAACAGUGAUCUCUGGAGGAAAGUUAUCAAUCAUGUCAAACAUGAAAAAUUAUUUGGAGAAGGUUUGCAUUUAUACUGUCAAAAUCACCCUGAUGACAAAGGGAUUCAUGCAACUGAGCCAGAGGAUUUCAAAAAGGCUCCUGAAGGCGGAUGUAUGAAGCCCUGCGAACACAGGCUUCCUUGUGGACACACUUGUUCACUUGUCUGCCACGUAAUCAAUGCUGAUCAUAAAGAAUACCAAUGUAGGAAACCUUGUCAAAAGAGAAUUUGCAACGUUGAUGACCAUAGAUGCAGAAGAAUGUGUUACCAAGACUGUGGUGAAUGUUCAAUACCUGUCAGCAAAACUCUGCCUUGUGGUCAUAUACAGAAUGUUCCGUGCUCAACAAAACCAUAUCAAUUCAAGUGCAUGGCACAAUGUGAAACACGACUUCCUUGUGGUCAUAUGUGCCAGAGUUUGUGCGGUGAACGGCACACUGAAGUUUGUCAACACCCAGUGAAAAAGACGUUUAGAUGUGGCCAUGAUGUGCAUGUACUUUGUUUUGAACAGGAAUCGGCUGUUUGCCCAGAACCAUGUAGUCAAAUGUUAUCUUGCGACCAUAAGUGUAGAGGAACGUGUGGUAAAUGUCUUAACGGUAGACUUCAUGUUGGAUGCAGGAGUAAAUGUAAACGAACACUCGUUUGUGGCCAUAUUUGCCCCGAUAAAUGUUCAAAGUGUCCGCCUUGUUUGACGAUGUGCCACAACCGUUGUGUACACAGUAGAUGUACCCAGUCAUGUGGAGAAAUGUGUAUACCAUGUGUAGAGAAGUGUGCAUGGAAUUGUAAACAUUUUCAGUGCACUAAAAGGUGUUAUGAGCCAUGUGACCGUCCUCGGUGCAAUAAACCCUGCCGGAUACAGCUAGCAUGUGGACAUCGAUGUAUUGGUCUCUGUGGAGAGCCUUGUCCAAAGAAAUGUCGCAUUUGUAAUAAAGACGAAGUUACAGAAAUAUUUUUUGGUUCAGAAGAUGAAAUAAAUGCAAAAUUUGUCGAGCUGGAGGAUUGCGGUCACAUUUUUGAAGUAGAGGGGUUAGACUAUUACAUUGAGAAUUUCGGGAAAGGAGGGGGAAAUGAAGAUGCUUCCAUAAAACUUAUUGAGUGUCCUAGAUGUAAGACUCUGAUUCGCCGGAAUAUGCGAUACGGAAAUGAAGUGAAAAAAGCAGUGUUGGAUAUUGAAGCAGUAAAACGAAAAAUAAUUGGGGAUAGGUUACGCAUACGGAAAAUGCAACGUGACAUUCCACAUCAAAUCAGAGAAAUUGCGAAAGAAUCAGGUGGCAGAGAAAUGAGAAGGAUUUAUGACCAGCUCUUUGAAACAACAGUUGAUGAGAACACAUUGGCGGCAGUGAAGAAUCAAAUUGGAUUCUUGAAAGCGAUCAACAACAUCGAACACGACUGGAAGAAACACAUACGUAACAGUGAUCUAAAACAGAUGUAUGAAAAAUAUUGUCUCAAAGACCUGGAAUUUUUCAGAGAAUGGACCCUUGUGACGAGGAGGUAUUUCACAGAACAAGAACUGGUGGACGCUGAGGACGAAUUAGUUCGUCUGAAAUCAUUUCGGCUGUUCAUUGAAUAUAUUGAGAGAAUGAUUAAUAUUCGAAAACCGGCAACUGGUGACCUCAAGAAAAAAUUGAGUAUGGUGGAAUCUCUUUUGAAAGGAGGUAAAAAGUUAAGUCUCGAGGAGAAAACGUUGUUGAAAACGGUGUUGGAACAACUGAAAGAGAAGUAUCCUGCUAGUGGACUCGGGGUGUCAGACGAGGAGAGACUUGAAAUUGUUAGAGCGAUGGGUGAACAGAAGGGCCACUGGUUUAAAUGUCCUAACGGCCAUCCCUAUGUGAUAGGAGAUUGUGGAGGGGCCACCAUGGAGAGCAAAUGCCCAGAGUGCGACGCUAGGAUUGGUGGAGGCAGUCAUCAACUCCGCAGUGAUAAUCAGUUUGCAGGGGAGAUGGAUGAUGCUCAGCAUCCCGCAUGGUCUGAGGCUGCAAACCUGAUGAAUUACCGGGGAGUGUUUCUUUGAACUAUUUAAUGUGUACAGAGGGUAUGCAUACAUUAUAAACUAAUUAUAUUUAGAUGAGCGUGAUAGUUAUGAAAACGUGAUGGGUUUUUUGUAUAUCGGUUGUUGGUAUACAUUAAACUAACCACAUGAGGAAGAAGACUAGAUAUUCAAUUAUUAUUUAUUCCCACUUCGACAUGACCGAAAGAAGUGAAUGAAAGACAGUUUGAUUUUUGAUUGAGCAAGCUUUAUAAAUUUAUGCUUUCUUACUAUUCAAGUAGUCACAUGUCUGCUGGUGAUCAUGAAUGUUGUGAUAAACUUUUGUAAGAUCUAGAUAACUCGUAAGAUAUGCGCAGUGUAUGGGCAGUUUGUUGACAGCUGAAAUGUUACGUAGAUCAGUAACUAUACUUGUAUAGUGUGAAGUAUUUGCAACAAACCUUUGUAUAAUUGCAUUUAAGAAAAUUGCUUUGUUUUUAUACUCUAAUAAUUUAAAUUGAAGCGUAUAUUUGAUGUGAAGAAAAUGAGAAAGAUUAUUCAAUUGUAUAUGUGUACUGGACACUAUGAUUUUGAUGUGAUGUCCAAGAAUUGUGAUGCCGUUUUAACAUUCUUUUUUCUAUUUUUUUUUUUUUUUUGGUUAUAGGUUUGUUAUAGAUUUAUUAUAGGCCUACAUGUAUCUUGUUUAGCAGAAUUUGAACGACAAAGCUGAUAUCUUACUAGGAAUUACGAAAUACCAGAAAGAUUUUCAAGUGCUUGUUAGAUAGAAAGUUAUCAUAUUAAGUGUUAUAUUAGAUUCAAAUCUAAAAUAGAAUUAGCAUAUAAUUGCAGCUAAAAUAACAUGUUAUAAGUACGCUCACAUUGUAACGUGAACUUGAUUUUUAAUAAUGGAAUGAUCCCACCAACACAAUAAAUGUACAUCUUUGAAAUAAACUUUUAUCACAUU